AUGUCGACUCUCUUUGCCUUUUGCACACUGAUAGGCGUCGCCUGCGCCAGCAGCCAGCGCAUCGAGGCGGGAUACGAUUGCGCUUGGUCUCCUUUCCGUCACUUGGACUGUCUGCAAACAAGCCUUGAAGGGUGCAACAGCUUGGCCCAAAAUGUCUCCGGACUUGGCCCCUCGGCGUCGUUCCCAUGGACAUCCCAGGACGAUUGUUUGACACUCAGAGGCAAGAUAGGAUUCGUCUGCGUCUACUCAUCCCACGCCUUUGCCCACGGGCGAGGCAUCUCGGUUGUCACGACGCCCGGUAGCGCCCAAUCUCUUCGACAACUGCCGGCUUUUGCCCAGGAGGGUGUCGAGUUCAAGACGCACAUGCCGCCGCUCUUUGAGGAAAAGAUGCUUCCCGGUCGAGGACGCGGUUUAGUUGCGAAUAAGACGCUGCACCGCGGUGACCGCAUCUUCGCACUCACGCCCAUCUUAAUCCUAGACGAGGUCGCGCACAAGAAUCUAAGCGACGAGGACUGGAUCGAGAUACAGAGCGUGGCGGUUAAUAGGCUGCCUCCCGUAGCCAAGGAUAUGAUGCUGCAGCUCCACGGCGAGUUCGCGAUAGAUACUAUAAGUGGCCGCAUCGACACAAACUCCUUUGAGGUCGAGAUUGGCGGCUCGGCGCAUUACAUUAUCGUGCCCGAAAUAGCUCGCCUCAACCACGACUGCCGCCCAAACGCCGACUAUUUCUUCGACCCUCAAACUCUCACCCACCACGUUCACGCCGCCACGACAAUCACGCCCGGCACCGAAAUCACCAUAACCUACAUUGACCCUCUCACGCCGCGACAGGAGCGACUUGCCCAGCUCGAGCUGUCGUGGGGCUUCAACUGCACCUGCGGUUCCUGCAGCAUGCACUCGAGCUUGUCCCAAGAGUCGGACGCUCGACUUUCUCAGAUGGCAGACAUGGCAAGUCGCCUCGAAGAAACGCCGACGGCCUCUUCGCAAAUGGCGCAGGCCCUAAUCAGCAUGUACGAGCAGGAACGCCUCGAGGCGUUCCUGGCCGGUCCGUAUCGCUUUGCGGCCCUGUCGUUUUGUGCCGAGGGACAGCGCUGGAGGGCCAUUCAAUACGCGCGACUCGCAAUCGAAAGAGGCAUGCUAGAUGAUGAGUUCGGAGACGCCCAUGUUGAGCUGAUGAGGCAGUUGGCCGAGGUCCCGGAGAAGCAGCCUUGUUGGCCGAAGCAACCGGUAUAG